AUGUCACUGUACGCGUCGUCGGGCCACGAACUUGGAGCACGCUCAGACGUUUCUCCGGCGAAUCUAAGAGCCAAACUUCAGCGCGUCAAGGGGCCAAGUGUUGGGGCCGGCAAAGUUGAGCUGACGCUGUCGGUGCAACGUCUGCGAAGGCAACUAGCCCAUGGUCAGCUGCUCUUGUGCAGAAGCCGCCUUAAGCAGCUGCCAUCUCAAAGUCCCUUUCGCCGACCCAAAAGGCUGCCGGAUGUGGACGAAGCGCCCUAUCGAUCCUUGCUCCAGUCAAGCCCCCUCAUGCAAGGAAUAGGCCAGAGCUGGCGAGUCCUCCUCCUCUGGCAGUUGUUGUUCUAUGGCCCGACAAGCCUGUCGGCCCGACCCAUUGGAUCCAGCGCCACCGACAAGCACAAUGAGUUGGAGGAGACGGCGAAUAAUGCUGAUGAGGAGAAGGGGCCAGGGAACUCGAGUUUAUUUGCGCCCGGUCAAGACUCACCCAUGGGGACGCCAAAAUCUCAGGCAAGUGUUCAUCCGGCGCAUCACCCUCGCAUGCUACCAGACAUUCGU